CAACGCUGCGUUAUGCGCCCGCUCGGCCCUCUCUUCGCCGCCGCCGCCACCGCCGCCGAAUCCAACGUCGCCUUCUCCGCCCCUUUUAUUCCGUCACCUCCCUCCUCCUCCUCCUCCUCCUCCGAGCAAUGCCUUGGAGAUCCCGCGACGAUGGUGGCCACCCGUCUCGAGGCUUGCGCUGACCACCGUGAUCUGGCGCGGACGCAUGCCCAUGUCCUCCGCUUCCAUCUCCUCCGCGCAUCCUUCCACUGGAACGCCCUCAUCCGCUGUUACCUCCGCCUCGGCCGCCCCCGCGCGUCCCUCUCACUCUACGCCCAGAUGUGCCGUUCCGGCGCAACUCGGGACCGCUACACGCUCCCUCUCGCCGUCAAGGCCGCCGCGCUCCUCUUUGCGUUCGCGUCCGGGGUUCAGCUCCACUGCACCGCCUUCAAGCUCGGAUUGGCCUGCCAUGAGUUCACCGAGAGCGGUCUCAUCAGCCUCUACGCCAAGGCCGGACUUUUUGGCUCGGCGGCGAAGGUGUUCGACCAAAGUGCGCACAGAAAGCUCGGUUCUUGGAAUGCCAUCAUAAGUGGCCUCACGCAGGGCGGCCGACUGAGGGAAGCCAUGAAUGCGUUCGUGGAGCUACGGAGAAGCGGGCUGGUGCCCGACGACGUGACGAUGGUCAGCUUGGCUUCUGCCUGCGGGGGGCUAGGCGACAUCGAUCUGGCCGAACAAGUGCACAAGUGCCUUCUGCAGGCCGGCCGCUCAGGGAGGUUGGAGGUCACGCUAUCGAAUUCUUUGAUCGAUAUGUAUGCUAAAUGCGGCCGGACUGACCUCGCCCGCAAGGUGUUCGUUAGAAUGUCAAGGAGAGAUGUUUCAUCUUGGACAUCCAUGAUAAUGAGCCUGGCAGUGCAAGGGGAAGAAUCUACCGCUCUGGACCUCUUCCAAGAAAUGCAGCUGGACGGAGUGCGACCGAACAAGGUGACCUUUGUCGCGGUGCUGAGCGCCUGCGCCCACGGUGGUCUGGUGGACGAGGGCAUGAACUACUUGGAAGCAAUGACCAAGGAAUUCAAUCUAGUUCCCACCGUAGCCCAUUACGGUUGCAUUGUGGAUAUGCUGGGCAAGCUGGGGCAGCUCGAGCAGGCGAGAACCGUAGUGGAGACGAUGCCAAUGGAAGCGAACUCAGUGGUUUGGGGAUCGCUCUUGGGCGCGUGCGAGAAGCAUGCUAACGUCGAGGUUGGAGAGUGGGCGGCGAAGAAUUUGCUGGACCUGGAGCCUUGGAACGACGGCGUUUACGUAGUGCUGUCAAAUAUUUAUGCAGAGGCAAAGAACUGGAGGGAAGUGGAGAGAAUUCGAAAACUGAUGAAGGAUAGAAGAGUUGCUAAGGCCCCAGGCUACAGUUCUUCAUUAACAUAAGAUGAAAUAUGUAGUGUGGUCAUCUUAUUCCUUCUUAUUAUUACAAUCAAUCGGCGAAGCAUGAUGCAAUGGCGACUACAGAAUUUGAAUCAGAAGCACAAAUUGGGUAAUAGCAAUUACUAUUCCGAGAGAGCUGAUCGCAGCAGCGUCGGAAGUUGCAGGUAGCUGGGCCGGUGCUGGCGCAGGCGAUGUCCAACUGCCAAAGGCAUCCGGAACAGGCGGCGGAGUCACUGACAAAGGAGGCGGUGCUUUUGGCGCGGGACAAGGGGUUGAGUGUGGCGGAGGCGGCCAGUGCCGGAUGGCCAUGACCACCACCUCCAGCUUCUGCCCCAGCUCGCACUUUCCCGGAGCGCCGCUCACGAAGAAGAACAACCCGGAGUGGUUGAACGCAAAUCGGUCAUUGCCUCCGUCGAGCCACAGUAAGGGUCUGCUCAAGUUGCAGGAGUAGAAAUCAUGCUCCGGCACCAUCAAAACAGAGUCCUUCCCCUUCUCGUACGCGAAAACUGUAACAUAAAAUCUAGAAUUUACUAAUCACCAGUUUAGAACUCUCGAUCUGAUCCGGAAAAUUAGCAAUGGAAGAUCACGAACCGAUGGAAUCACU